UACAACCGCUGAGUACUUACCUACCCACGCUUUUGCUGCUGAUAAACCACACUCUCGAGACCAAGCCAGCGCCCGGAGAGCUCUCCUUCACAUUUAUCACCACGUCUAAGCCCAUAGAGCCGUUCCUCAGCCACCGAACGCCCCCGGAAAACCAACAAUGAGCAAGUACUCUAUCAUCACUGGCGCACAGGCGGCAUUGAGCCAGCUCAUUGCACAGCCAGAAGGCCGAACAUUGCCGCUUCCCCAAGCAGCUAUCGACUAUGCCCUCAAGGUUAGGUUCACGGGCCGGGACCAGGUGUUCCUCCCAUGUGUGAUGAAGGAGGUUGAGGCCUCUGCGGCCCUGAAGGCCAUUGAAGGCGGCAUGGCCGCAGCCAUUGGAGAGUUGCGGUUUGGCUUUAAGGAGGAUGAUAUCGAGAUCAACAUGGAGCAGGCUGCGGCCUUUUUGUUCCAGGCCUAUCUUGCCUCCGUAGACGGACUCACAAAGCUCGAUAAAGAAGUGCGUGCCCGUCUCCGGGAUACCGACUUCAACCGGGCCCAGAGCAACAUCUACCGCCGAUUGUCGGCCAAUCUCUACAAGACUAAGGACAACGGCUUCUACCACAUCCACGGAUCUCUCGCUGCCUCGCCGGCGCUGGAGAUGAUUGGGCUCCCAUCUCACCGCGAGGAGUUCACCGAUGAGGACUACCACCAGAUUCUGGAGUACAUCGGCGAUGCCGUAGCCAAGUUCACGGUCGAGGAGCUCGAGGAACUGAACAACGAACGCAAACUAGCCGGCAUUUACGCCAUCAAGGAAGACGAGUUCCUGGCCUCUGCCCACGGACAAGCCCUGCAAAAGCAGCCAUACUGGCAAGUCGACUCGAUAGAAACCACGACACCCCCCGCGCCCUUCCCCGAAAGCUUCCCCAUCAACCCAGAAUCCAACGACCGUCCCCAAAUCCUCAGCGGCAUCCGCAUCCUCGAGCUCUGCCGCAUCAUCGCCGGCCCAACCGUAACCCGCAUCCUCGCCGAAUACGGCGCCGAAGUCCUCAAGAUCACCGCACCCACAAGCCCGGACGUGCCCUUCUUCCAGGUGGAUGGCAACGUCGGCAAGCACGCCGCCGAGCUGGACCUGAAAACGCCCGAGGGCCGGCGGAUCUUCGAGGAGCUGCUUGCGUCCGCCGACGUGAUCGUCGACGGCUACCGUCCCGGCGCCAUCGAGAAGCUGGGAUACGGACCUACCGCUCUGAAGGAGCUCGCCCAGAAGCGCGGCAAGGGCUAUGUCUACGUCAACGAGAACUGCUUCGGAUACGAUGCGCCCUUGGCGCACCGCGCUGGCUGGCAGCAGAUCGCGGACUGCGUGAGUGGUCUGGCGUGGGCCCAGGGCCGCGCAAUGGGCCGCAACGAGCCCAUCAUCCCGCCGUUCCCCAUGAGCGACUAUGGUACCGGCUGCAUGGGCGCCAUCGCGGCGCUGACCGGCCUCUACCGGCGAGCGACGGAGGGAGGCUCGUGGUGGGGCAAGGCGAGUCUGGUGCAGUUCGACAUGUACCUGAUGUCGCUGGGCUCGUACUCGAACGAGAUCUGGCAGAACCUUGUGUCGAAGCAGCACGAGGACUUUGCCCAGAUCCGCUACAACGACUCGGUCGACCACAUCGGCAAGACCGCGCUCAAGGGCAUGAAGAAGGUUGCGCCGUGGUACUGGGAUGAGGAGGAUACCUACCUGCAGGAGAUCGAUUGUCCCGGCUUCGGCGGGAAGAUCAAGAUCGUUAGGCCCGUGGUCAAGAUGGCGAAGACGUGGAAUGGUUUCAAUGAGACGAGUAGGCCCAACGGUUACGAUAAGGCGGAGUGGUGGAUGGAGACAAGCUCGAGCUCGAGCUAAGGGGUUUUUCAGAGGAGGGGGUUUUUUUUGGUUUAUGGACCCACCGUUUGUUAGAAGUUGCAUAUACCCAAUAUCCAGCCGCGUCCUUCCGUUCGUUCGUCAAUGUAAUGCAGUCAGAGUACAUUUUCAAAUAAAUCCUACUGUACUAUACAUAUA